GCGCCACCGGAAGUACACGUGAAGCCGUAAAGAAUCAACAGUAAGGCGCGUGUUCCGCUGGAGUUCAGUAAUAAAUGAAUGAAACCUGUUAUCAGAGGUUUAAUUUAGUAGAAAUUCACGCGGAUUAUCGCCGUGUCUGAACGCGUUUCAACAUAUUUGGUGACUAAAGCGCAUCAGCUUAAAAAGUGAGCUUCCUGGGCAGAUCAGCAGUGGUCUGUAGAGAUGGCUGGAAUUCUGUUUGAAGAUAUUUUUGAUGUGAAAGAUAUCGACCCAGAUGGGAAGAAGUUUGACAGAGUGUCUCGGCUUCACUGUGAGAGUGAGUCUUUUAAAAUGGACCUCAUCCUGGAUGUGAAUACUCAGAUCUAUCCUGUUGAUCUUGGGGACAAAUUCAGAUUGGUAAUAGCUAGCACACUGUACGAAGAUGGCACUCCAGAUGAUGGAGAAUACAACCCUCAAGACGACAGACCAUCCAGGGCGGAUCAGUUUGAUUAUGUGAUGUAUGGCAAAGUAUAUAAAAUUGAAGGUGAUGAGACUUCAACAGAAGCAGCUACACGACUCUCAGCUUAUGUAUCAUAUGGUGGUCUACUCAUGCGACUACAGGGGGAUGCCAACAAUCUGCAUGGAUUCGAGGUGGACUCAAGGGUCUAUUUACUCAUGAAAAAGCUUGCAUUCUAACAAAAUUUGCCUUAUGCUGCCCUGAGGAACGAUAUUGCUCUCUAGUGGAAGAACGAUGGACACUCAACACUUAGGAUUUUUUUUAAGCUGGUGAAAAAUAACAUCAAAAUUAUGUAAAUAAAACGUUUUAUAUGUA